CGCGCUGGACGAGGAAGUUCGUGAGCGCGUGUGUGUGUGUGUGUGUGUGUGUGUGCGUCGUCCGGUCGUGUGUCCGCCUCCAGCUGUUCAUUUCCUGAAUCCCGCUACUCUGAUCCAGGAAACCCGCACUAAUGGACGAAAACGCUGGGAAAUGAGCCGCGGAGCAGCCUGAGCGUCCGCAUGAGGCCAGGAUGAGCAGCCAGACGCUCCUGAAGCAGACGCUGAUCAAACGCUCGCAGCAGAAGAAGAGGACGUCGCCGCUGAACUACAAGGAGCGGCUGUUCGUCCUCACCAAGAGCCGGCUCACCUACUACGACGGACGGGCGGAGAAAAAGUUCCGGAGAGGCUCCAUCGAGCUGAGCCGCAUCCGAUGCGUGGAGGUGGUGAAGAACGGAGGAGGGAUCAUCCCCUGCCAGAACAAGUACCCCUUCCAGGUGGUUUACGACACCAACACCCUGUACGUGUUCGCCCCGAGUCAGGACAUCAGGAGUCAGUGGGUCCAGAGCCUCAAAGAAGAGAUCAAAGACAACCCGCUGGUCCUGGCUAAGUUCCACCCUCAGUUCUGGCUGGAAGGCUCGUGGCUCUGCUGCCGUCAGGCGGAGAAACUGGCUCCAGGCUGCGCUGAGUACAACCUGCAUGGAGACAUCACCAGGAAACCUUUACCCCCGAUUCCUGGAGAGGCUCGGGUAACGGCACCGCUCACCCACUCACCGCUCCACUCACUGAGCCGACGCUCACUCCCUCUCCUCCUGCAGCGCCGGCCUCCGCCCCCGACGCCGGACGGGGACGGGGACGACUUCCAGGACGAAGACGAGGAUGAGGAGGAGGAGGAGGAGGUGGUGGUGGCUCUGUACGACUUCUCCGGCCUCGAAGCCCAUGACCUGACCCUGGUCAAAGGUGAAGAGUACGUGAUCCUGGAGAAGUGCGACGUGAACUGGUACAAAGCGCGCAACAGAUACGGAGAGGAGGGCUACAUACCAAGUAACUAUGUAACAGAGAAGAAAUCUGGGAACCUGGUGCAGUUUGUUUGGUACAGUAAACAAGUCAACAGGAAUAAAGCAGAGGAGCUUCUGAGGAAGGAGGACAAGGAGGGAGCGUUCAUCGUCAGGGACUCCAGCACCGCCGGCACCUACACCGUGUCCGUCUACUCCAAGUCUGUGACCGGGGAUGGAGGUUCGGGAAUCAAACAUUACCACAUCAAGGAGACUCCGGGAACGCCCACCUUCUUCUACCUGGCAGAGAAGCACUUGUUCUGCUGCAUUCCGGACCUGAUCGACUACCACAAGCACAACGCGGCGGGUCUGGUAACCAGGCUGAGGUAUCCUGUAGGGAAACAGUCGGCUCCGUCCACCGCCGGCUUCAGCUACGAGAAGUGGGAGAUCAACCCCAGCGAGCUGACCUUCAUGAAGGAACUGGGCAGCGGCCAGUUCGGCCUGGUCCGACUGGGCAAGUGGAGGGCUCAGCACAAAGUGGCCAUCAAGGCCAUCAGGGAGGGGGCCAUGUACGAGGAGGACUUCCUGGAGGAGGCCAAGGUCAUGAUGACGCUGUCUCACCCCAAGCUGGUGCAGCUCUACGGCGUCUGCACGCAGCACAGGCCCAUUUACAUCGUCACGGAGUUCAUGGAGCUCGGCUGCCUGCUCAACUUCCUGCGGCAGCGGCGCGGCACGCUGGACCUGGGCUCCCUGCUGAGCAUGUGCCUGGACGUGAGCGAGGGCAUGGAGCACCUGGAGCGCCACGGCUUCAUCCACAGAGACCUGGCGGCCAGAAACUGUCUGGUGAGCGACUGUCUGGUGGUGAAGGUGUCCGACUUUGGGAUGGCCAGGUACGUGUUGGACAACCAGUACACCAGUUCAUCGGGCGCCAAGUUCCCAGUCAAGUGGUCGCCUCCUGAGGUCUUCAACUUCUGCAAAUACAGCAGCAAGUCGGACGUGUGGUCGUACGGUGUGCUGAUGUGGGAGGUCUUCACCGAGGGUCGGAUGCCGUUUGAACAGCACCAGAACCACGAGGUGGUUACCAUGGUAACGCAGGGUCACCGCCUCUACAGGCCCAAACUGGCGACUAAUGGCAUCUUUGAGAUCAUGCAGCAGUGCUGGGACGAGAAACCAGAGGCGCGUCCGUCGUUCUCCAACCUGAGCAUGAUGAUCGCUGACGCUCUGGAGGGCGACGCCCCGAACUGACCGUCAGCUCAGCCGCUUCUGCUUCCUGACCUCCUGACGUCCUGACCUCCUAAACCGGGCCUGGUCCUGGUCCUGUUUGGUGUGUCUUCAUCUGAUGACUCGGACGCGAAGCACCGGCUCAAACAAAGCUGCAUCUACAUCACGAACUGCUGCUCAUGUUAGUGAUUUGAAGGUGACAGAUAAUGGACUCUCAGAACCAGAUUCUGGCCCGGUUCUCCCUCCCUGGAGUCCAUCGAAUCCUCAGCCCACAGUUCAUAUCGCUACUUGUGAGGACUCAGCUGGUUAAAUUGACUCACCAGAUAUUUAUGUGAUGAUUAUUUUGAGCUCUAACUUUCUCUGUAAUUCUGCACAAUAUUACUAAUAUACAUGAGUGGAUCAACUCACUAAAAUACUACAACUAUGA